AGUCCGCAACGGUGUGCUCGGGGUUUACUCGACGUUGGUAUACGAUGCCACGUUCGUUCGAACAACACUCCCCCUCUCCCGUCACGAAAGCUCGAGAGGAUGCGCCAGUGGUCAGUUUCGAUUCCGACACCGCGAGCCACGCACUCGUCGAAACGCAACGCAACGCAACCCAACGCGAUGUACCCUCAAGUCACCAGCCAAGCUCAGAUUCUGACGUCACUCGUCGCGCUGCUCCUCGGCGCCAUUACGUGUGUCGCCUCAAGAAGCAUCCGGCCGGACAAUUUCAUCAUCGGUAACACCGAGCUACCACCAUCAAAGCCCGUCACGUACGAGCUUGACGAAGAUACGGAAGAUAAAUUACUCGUAAACAAUGAUCAAGGCUCGAGCCAGGAAGGAGAUUAUUACUCGAGAUCUGGUCUAAUGUUCAACAUGCCGAUAGCGGUGGCCAUCUUGUUUUCCGUGAUUCUACUGAUUUGUUGCUUUUGCUGCCUCCGAUGCGCCGUCGACUACGAGGGUUAUAAAAAAACACUUUACUGUAGACCGAAAAAGCUGAACCCUGUCGACGUGGUGCGAAUUUUGAAACUGGACGAACCGAUAAAAAAGUGAUUGUUUCUCUACUUUUUCAACCUGAAUUUUUGAACGCCAAUCAUUCCACGCAUACGACAAAAUUUCAGGAGAAAAAUCUCUACGCAUGAUGAUAAUUACGUAACGCACGUUAACUAUACGCACCUUAAUCAGCUAUACUCACUAAUAUAUAUCCACAGCAUAUCGUAUUCAAUGCAGUUUUUUUUUUUUUUAUCACGGAAACAAACGUGUUUGCAAAAAUUCAACGCGUUGCAGAUUCCAUUGUAUAGUAUAAAAGUCUCAUUACAUGGAAAGAUUGAGUCAAGUGAAAACUGGGUAUAUAUAUAAUAUAUAAUAUAUAUAUAUGUAACAAGACAAGGCAUUUUUGUAUCUGAUUAUAAGAUAAAAAAAAUUAUAUUCUGCUAACUAUAUUAUAUAAAAUAAUUCUUAUAAUUCUUAAUACGCGAACAAGAAACUACAUAUUUAUAGACACCCAACGUGUGCCUGUCCAUCAUAUCGAUUCAUCGAAUAGUAAGUAGCUAAAUUUAAUCACGUAUCUAAUUAAACGCAUUGCUUUUAUAUACAUACACUACGAAACGAUCUUCCAUUAUUUCUUUUUUAUUCUUAUAAUAUUAUUGACUGAUUUUGCAAAAAAACUUGUAUCACAUUAUCUAUAUGAAAUAAAGUUGACCAGAUGUUGUGUCUUUUUUAUUGUACGAUCAACCGUUGAUUGAAA